GACAAACCCCUUUCAUAAUCUGAUUCUGAUUUCCAUUUCCAACCGUCGGAUUUCUAUUUCCUCUUCAAUCACUGCCGUCUGCUUACUGGAACCCACCUUGGCGUUGCUCUUAAACCAAGCUUAAAUUAAAUAUAAUAGAAGAGAAUACCCAGAUUUGGAGAUAAUGAAAUCAUGAGAAGUCACUGCAAUCCGUUUUUGCUGAUGCCAUAGCUUCAACGUCAAAGAUCUCAGCCACUAGUUCCCUUUCCUUUCUCAAGACCGGUGUUCAGUGAAAGCACUCAAAAUCAGAUCUUUAAAGGCUGGCUAAAAAACUUUCUUGCUCUGAUGUCGGUAACGGAAAAGUCACCGGCAUCAUCAUCAUCAUCAGCAUCACCAUCCGUAGCAGUUGUAUCAAGGGAUAUUGAUCCAUUGUUGAAGGAUUUGAAUGAGAAGAAGCAGAAUUUCCGGCGAAACGUGGUGUCUUUGGCGGCAGAGUUGAAGGAUGUCAGGGGCCGCUUGGCGUCUCAAGAGCAGUCUUUUGCUAUGGAAACCCUAACAAGACAGGAAGCAGAGUCAAAGGCAAAGAAUCUGGAGGAGGAGAUACAUAUGAUGCAGAAGAGGUUAGAAGAGAGAAAUGGGCAACUUCAAGCUUCUACUUCUGCAGCUGAGAAGUACCUCAAAGAGUUGGAUGAUCUUAGAUCACAAUUAUCUGCCACUGAAGCAACUGCUGAUGAAAAUGCUGCAUCAGCUCAUUCGGCACAGCUUCAUUGUCUUGGACUGUUGAAAGAACUAGAUGAGAAGACCAGUUCCUUGAAAGAGCAUGAGGAUCGUGUAACUAGGCUAGGUGAGCAACUGAAUAAUUUGCAAAAGGAUCUUCAAGCAAGGGAAUUUUCUCAAAAGCAACUAAAGGAUGAGGUUUUGAGAAUUGAACGUGAUAUUAUGCAAGCUGUUACCAAGGCAGGAGCUAACAAGGACUCUGAGCUGCGGAAAUUGUUGGAUGAAGUUUCUCCCAAGAAUAUUGAGAAGAUUAAUGAGCUUCUGGUUGUUAAGGAUGAAGAAAUAGCCAAACUAAAAGAUGAUAUCAGGAUUAUGUCUGCCCACUGGAAGCUAAAAACUAAGGAAAUGGAAUCACAGUUAGAGAAACAGCGGCGAGCUGAUCAGGAACUGAAAAAGAGGGUUUUGAAAUUGGAAUUUUGUCUCCAAGAAGCUCGUACUCAAACGCGGAAGCUCCAAAGGAUGGGGGAGCGUAGGGACAAGGCUAUAAAAGAACUUAAAGAUCAGUUGGCAGCAAAACAAGAAGGUGGAACUGCUGGUACGGUGAAACAGAAUUUCUGGGAAACAUCGGGCUUCAAGAUUGUAGUUUCCAUGUCAAUGUUGAUCUUGGUGGCCUUUUCAAAGCGAUGAAUUUGUUUUGUAAUCUAGCUAUAUGUUGUGCAUAAACGGGAAUACCAAAGAGUGUAGGAAACCUAUAGAGUUAAGACCAUUUUCCUUGUAGAAAUGCUCUGGUACAGUUUUUUGUUUCUCAUGUAGCAUCACUUGAAAUGUGCUUUUAUCCAUUGUCCUUGAGAUCUACAUCACAAUAGUUUGCAUAUGCUAAACAGAUGCAUGACACUUU